AUGAUGGUCCAUCAUAGUGGGCCACCAUAUAGAGGGCGUAGUGGCGUAGGCUGGCUUGUGGUGCGUACGAUGGCGGCGGAAUGGCCGCGGUGUCGGUUUUUCGCCCACACAUCAAAGGGAGUGGGCCAGCGAUGGCGGUACGCAUCUACACGUCGGCCAUUACUCAGUUUGCGCUCGAAUGCGGUGGUGAGCAGACGUGCAGUGCAAUUCGUGAAACUCGUGCGUGUCAAAAUGGCGACAGCUUGGCCGCAUAGCGAAAUAUUAAAAUUUUUGGAAUAUUACCGAGCCGAAACCAUUAUAUGGAAUCCUAAACAUAAAAAUCACAAGGAUAAAAACAAGGUGUCGGAUGCAUGGAAUCGCAUAAGUAAUAACAUGGGCAUUCCGGUAGAGGAUUUAAAAAAGAAAAAGGAAACGUUGAUGACAGCUUUCAGAACAAAUUUAAAAAAGAAAAAGGAGUCUAUAAGGUCUGGGGCUGGACUCGACGAUAUUUAUACGCCGUCGUGGCCUUUUUUCGAGAUAAUGGAAAGUUUUUUAAGAGAUGUUUAUGAAUGCAAGAGUAUCAUAAACACAGACGGCGGAGCUUCAAUCUCGUUAGAUGACGAAGAUUCAAUUACGUCACAAAAUGAAAAUAUCGAAAAUGAAGACCCAAAUGCUACAGUGAAUUCUGAAAUAAACAUUCCUGUAAUACGCCGUCGUUCUAGAAAUCCACCUGAAUUACAAGAGGCUAGUAACGAAAUGAAAAGAGCUUUUUCAUCUUUGAACAGCGUACUCAGCAGUAAGAAGCAAAAGAUAGAUAGCGAAGAUGAUUGCGAUCUAUAUGGAAAACUACUAGCUAAAAGGUUAAGACAAUUUACAGAUUUGGAAAAACAAGAGUUGAUGUACGAAAUAGACGGCUUAUUGUUGAAAAAACGUCAAUUGUCAUCUAGACAAAAUUCCAGUCGUUAUGUGGUCCAAUCUCCAUCCCAAAUAAUAAUAUCUUCCAAUCGUCCUGUGAGUGGCCGCACCUGCACCUCUACGCCUUUGGUCUCUGAAGAACAAAAUUAUUCCUAUCGUCCCUCAUCCUCUUUCAGCACUUAUUCCACAUCGUCUUACCAUCCUCCAUCCGUUACUUCUCCUCCUUAUUUCUCUCCCAGCCCUAAUGCUACCCCAGAUGAAUUUCCUGUCAUCAGUAUACCAGAGCAGCCUAAUCUCCACCUACAAUCUCACCCACAAUCACAAAUUUUGCAACAAGCUUUAAACAAUGCUAAUAUAAUAUAAGAUGUAUAAUUUAUAAGAUUUAAUAAAUCUAUUUCAUAUUCU